AUGUGGCAAAAGGUCGCACUUGUGGUGGUGUUGGCAUCCUUCGCCUGCCAGCAGCUCGCAUGGUCAAAGACUGUGCCGUUGCCGGAGGCUGUGAAGAAGCUGCUGCCACGUGCCGAUUCCGACGUGCUGGCCGAGUUCGAUCGGUUGUUCAAUCAGCUGCACUACGACGUGGAAUACAAGCUGCGCGUGCUGCGCAUGAACCAGUCGCUUGCGCUCAAGAAUCUGAACGCGCAGUUCAUCUCGCGGUUCGGCAUCGUGAUCACGCAGAUCCAGGAGGAGAAGCUGCGCGUGAAGGACGCCAUCCUGCAGCACGCGCUCGAGAUCGGCAACACGCAGAACCCGUGCAUCGUCGAGAAGAACGAUGAAGCGCUCCGACAGGCAACGCAAUCGGCUUCAGACAUUAGCCUAGCGGCUGAGCUGGCAUAUGCCGAUAUGGCGACGGCAUCGCGUGUCUUCUUCUACCCACAGGUGCAGGCGUUCCAGAUCACCUCAAGUGCGUUGCAGAGCGCGGUGAUCCAGAAGCUCGGCAACUCGAAUGCCGUCACCAGCAUGGACAUCACGCUGGCCGAGCUUGCGUACUUGUACGAAAACGAAGAGGAUAAGGUUGAGCGAGUGCUGGAUGGUGUUGAGCAGGAGUUGGCCAACUUCCAGGAGGUCGUCAACAAUGUGCGCCGUGACAUUUGGGCCAUGUCCGACGAGAUCGGACGCAACUUCAUCUUCAACAUGGAGCUGCUGCUCGAGGAGGCGCUCCAGUGCUCGUAA